CAAAGCGCGCGAGGGCGCACGCCGCCGACGUCGUCUCGCGGGAGGGAGGAGCGAGCUGACAUCCUGGCAAGGCCACGCCUCCUUACGCCGUUUUCUCCCUUCUCCCUCAGUCCUUCCGAAGGGCCUGCCGUAAAGCGAGGCGGCGCGAAGUGUCGCGCUCUUUCCCCUCGCGCGCUAGAGCGGCGGCGGCGGCCUGGCCUGACGGGAAACUCGCUUUACGGCCUCUGGAUGAGGAGGAGCGGAGAAGGGGAGCGGGAGUCGCCGCGGCUGCUGCUGCUGAGGGGACUUUGGGGACAUGGCCGAGGUACCGCCCGGGCCUAGCAGCCUCCUCGCUUCGCCGCCGGGAGACGCCGCCGCGCUCCUCUUGCCCUUUCCGGGAGGCGCCGAGGAAGAGGAGGAGGAAGAAGAGGAAGAAGAAGAAGCGGGAAGGCCCUGCGAGGGAGAGGAGGGCGAGGCGGCCGGGGAUGAAGGCGUCCGGGACGGGCCUCACUCGCGGCGACGCCGGCCGUGCCCGCCCCACCGGCGCAACCACCAGCUCAACGGGCUCAUCGCGGGCCCGGACCUGCGGCACUUGCGGAGCUCCCUCAAGGGCAAGGUCUUGAGCAGCAGCAGCAGCGAGAACCAGCGCCCGCCUGGCAGCAAGAAAGGCCGCAACUGCAGCAGCCCCGGAGCCGCUGGCCAGGCCAUGGGACACGGGCAGGAGCCCCCGCAACAGGAGGAGGAGGAGGAAGGAGCGGGGCAGGAGCUGCCGCCGCCUCCCCCCUCGCUCAGCAAUCACCACCGGGCCCCCCGCCUCCAGGCAAGGACUGCGCCGCCCCAGAAUGCUUCUGCCCCCUCUACUGGGGACCGGAACGGGCUGGCUGGUGGAGAGGAGGAGGAAGGCGAGGAGCAGGAGUUGGAAAGGGAGGAGGAGUCCCUGUUGCUCCUCUCCAGGUCCUUUGCCUCCACCUGCAGUUUGCAGAAAUGCUCCCUGGGGGCCCCCACGGACUCCUCCUGGGCCCCGCAGCAGGUGGUGGAGGAGAAAGGGGACCUGACGAUACAGUACGUCCGAUAUGAGUCCGAGCUACAGAUGCCCGAUAUCAUGAGACUGAUCACCAAAGAUCUGUCUGAACCCUACUCCAUUUACACAUAUAGGUAUUUUAUCCACAACUGGCCUCAGCUUUGCUUUUUGGCAAUGGUAGGAGAUGAGUGUGUAGGUGCCAUCGUCUGCAAGUUGGAUAUGCACAAAAAGAUGUUUCGCAGAGGUUAUAUAGCCAUGUUAGCAGUGGAUUCCAAAUACAGAAGAAAAGGAAUAGGUACAAACUUGGUUAAGAAAGCUAUUUAUGCCAUGGUAGAAGGAGAUUGCGAUGAGGUUGUCUUGGAGACUGAAAUCACAAACAAGUCUGCAUUGAAACUUUAUGAAAACCUUGGCUUUGUGCGAGACAAGAGGCUGUUCAGAUACUAUUUAAAUGGAGUUGAUGCACUGCGUCUUAAACUGUGGCUGCGUUAAUAGGAGGCCAUCAUUGCCCCAAGGACCCCCCAAUCAGCCUGGCAGCGGCGUCCUUUGCAUGCAAUGCAAUUUGUGUGAAAUUGCUUUGCAGGUGGACAGAAAAACUUCCAUGCAGCUCUUCUCUGUGAGUGUCUCAUCGAGCGUCGCACCUAAAUCGUUGCACUGUGUGGCAUGGCGCGUCUUGUUCUGAAUUUACAACAGGUUGUUUCAGACUUCAGAUCCUCUUCAUAACCAGGAAGAUGUGCCAGUAGUUAGCUAAGAUCCCUUCUUUUCAUUUGCAAGUCUACUGACUCCUGUUAUAUAAGAUGGUGAACAUUUUAUCCAAGAACCUGUGUUUGUGGAACACAAGUUUGUUUUGGUUCCUGAGAGAAAAGAUAAGCCAAUGUAGAUUGUAAAAUUCUAUAAGUAUACUAACAUUUCAUACAAAACUCACCAUAGUUUUUUUUUUUCCUGGGGAAAAUAAAAACUGCUUCAAUUUUAGGUUUUAUUUUUCAAUAUUGAACUUUCCAUUCUUAAAUAUUGGUACCUCAGUGAUUAGUGGAUGAAAAAAUGUAUUGUAGGGUGGGGUGUGUGUUACAUCGAGUAACGGUAACAAUAAAAUUGCGUCUGCCAGUGCCUGUAUAGAUACGUAUAUUUGUCUCCACCGCUAACUUUUGAGUGCAUGCUUUUCUUGAUUUUUGUCUUUGCAAGAACGGCUUUUAUUUAAAUUCUGGAUUUGAUAAUAAAUUAUUUCAGUUAUCAUUUGGAAACUUCUCCCUGGUGAGGGCUUAAAAAGCCUGUCUCUUAUAGCAAGAAACUUUUUUUAAAAGAAAAACCUUGAGUAGCUGCUAAAAGGGAGUCUGAUGCACUUUUUCCUUUAAAGAGAGUGAGGGAUCUUUUUAAAAACAAAACAGCAAAUUAAUGUAAAUUGGAUUGAUUUGUUAUUUAAUCAAAAAAUAUAACUAGAAUAGCUAAAGAACCAUUUUAAAGCUGUUGGGACAACUUAAUUUUGAUUUGGAUUGAUAUUGCUUUGCUUCCAUGUUCUAAAAAUGUUUCAGUAUUCAGUUCUUGGUCUUGAAAAUAAAUUUAAAGUUGCACCGUAUCCAUUUUUAAGCUGCUUUCAUGUUCUCUACAUUUUUACAAAAGCCAAAACUCUUGCUGUUUUAAUUUUCUUCUGAAUAAUUUGGUAGAGAUGUGUCCAAAGCUUGAUUUGGAACCCCCCCUUAUAACAUCGGUUACAUAGGCUUGUUAAAACGAACGUCCUUUUUCAGCAGUUACACAAUGUGUACUUCUGUCUGUCAGUGCAAUAUGUAAAGCAAAUCAUUUCUUUUUGGCAGUUCAGCAAUGACAGCAUUGGUAUAAAUAAAAGCAAAACAUUAAAAUUGCCCUAGAUGAUUCAUGGAAAAAUAAAUAGCUUCCUUGUAUCAAAAGGAAAUUUUUCAGAAUUCAACUUUGCCUUACUGUGUUGUAUGUUAAGGAUUCAACCUGUCAUUUUAUUUUUAUAAUGGUUUGAGUUAACUGUACAGUUGAGAGUACCUGACUUCCAGUCACCCUUUGGAGAAGGAAGACCCAUUCUGGACAGCUUAGUAAGUUUAAAGGAAGGCCCAUCCCUAUUUUGCACAGACUGAGCAUCUCCCCCCCACUAUGUAUAAGUUGUGAACUGUAUUUGGGAAAAAUAAAGGAUUUUAAUUUAAAACUGA